AUGCAUCUUGCGCACCAGAAGAACGCGACGCAGAUCUGGAUCGCAAACGUUGGCGAUCUGAAGCCUCUGGAAAUCCCAAUUUCCCAUUUCCUGGACAUGGCGUACGACAUCAACAAGUUUAUGACGCCCGAAAGUACCGAUAGAUGGCUUCUACUGUGGGCGACACGUGAGUUUAGCGAGACUGUUGCGCAAGGCACGGCAGAGGUCAUGGCUACAUAUGGGAAGCUCAUUAUACGGAGGAAGUACGAAUUGCUGAACAUGUCUCCGUUUCUCUAUUCCACGAGCAACUACGACGAAGCGGAAAACGUGUUACAUGAGUGGGAGGAUCUGCAGAACAAAACGCAGGCCCUAUACGACCAGCUUGACUCCACCACUCAGAUCUCAUUUUUCGAGAUGGUGCUACAUCCAGUCAUGGCAGGACGAGUCGUGCAGCAAGUGUACAUCAAUGCUGAGAGGAAUAAGGCAUAUGCAGCACAGAAGCGUAUGAGUGCGAAUGAGCUUGCCGCGGACGUGAAAGCGGCGUACGCUCAAGAUAGUGUGAUCCAGAAGAGAUAUCAUGGAUUGCUAAAUGGAAAAUGGAACCAUAUGAUGGAUCAGAUACACUUUGGCUACAACAAUUGGUAUGCUAUGCUUUUCUUCGGUUUCUUUCUCAAUAAGUGCAUUAACACAUCACUUAGGCAGGACCCCAGCUCGAACACUAUGCCAUCCGUGUCUACUAUUGGUACAACGGCGCCUUCUUCGGGUCUAAUGGGAGUCUCCGUCCAAGGUAGCACAACUGCCGCCCCUGAGUCUACGCCACCUCUCCUCGCUCUCGACCCUUACACGCCCGAAAACCGCACAAUAGACAUCUACGCCCGGGGCGCCGGAAGUGUAGAUUUCACUAUCACGCCCUCUUCUCCCUACCUCAGCGUUUCUCCCUCUCAAGGCACCAUCAGCUACCCAUCCGGCACGUCAACCAUCCGGGCUACGAUCUCUGUAGACUGGGUAUCGGCCCCAAACGGCAGCAGUACCUCCAGCAUCACGAUAACGCCUAAGUCUGGGACAGCUGUCAAACUCACGCUGCCACUGAACAAUGUCGCCACCCCAGCAGGAUUCAAAGGCUACGUAGAGUCCAAUGGCGCCGUGGCAAUGGAGAUGGCACAUUUCACGGACCGUACCCCUUCAUCUUCUGGUGCGUCUCUCGAGGCAAUACCAAAUUAUGGCCGCACGCAUUCCGGUCUCACCCUCCUCCCCGUCACUGCUGGAACUCAAACCACCGCCACAGGGCCCAGUGCCGUCUACGCAUUUUACUCUUUUACCUCAGCUUCCAGCGCAAAAGUCAUCGCUUACCUCCCGCCAUCUUUCAAUGUAAAUCCAUCUUCUCCCUUGAAGUUCGCAGUCUCGUUGGACGAGGGGACAGCGACAACUUCAAGUCCUGUGCCGAGUAGCACGCUAGGAAGUAUGCCUUCAGGGUGGAGCGAGAGCGUGAUCAACGGCGCUAGAGUUGUUAAGAUUGACCUGGGUAAGGUUGAUAAGGGGGCACAUAAGCUCAAGGUAUGGCUACUGGAACCGGGCACUGUGAUCCAUAGGCUUGUCGUGGAUUUGGGCGGUGUGAAGGAUAGUUAUUUGGGGCCACCGGAGAAUUCAAAGGUGGGAUACUGA